CAUUUCAUCAUGGACAGGUACUUUUGAUGUCACGGUGGAAGUAGGCUACGGCUAAUUCAAGACAACUAUCAUGUUUCUAGUUUGUCUUCACUAUUAGUAUUGACCUAAAUUACCAUCUCCAGUUGUGCGGUGAUGAACAGGUGCUAAUCUGUGCAGUUCCUAUCCGAAUGCGCGUGAGAAAGUCGAAUUUUAAUGCAAUAUCAACAACGACAAGGUCUCCACGUUGAAAAUAUCGUGUCCUACUAAACAGGAUUUUAGAGCCUGCCACUGCCAGCAUGUCACUGUUUGAGACUGAAGGACCCCUCGUUCUGGACCUGAGCUGCCCUAUCUGCCUGCAACUCUUCUCCGACCCUGUGUCCCUACCCUGCGGCCACGUCUACUGCUCAGCCUGCCUUGAGAAGUACAUGGACACUGACACGGCCCACCACUGCUGUCCCGAAUGCCAGGUUGAGUACCAGGGCCUCCAGGCCCUCGUGAAGAACUUCAAGAUGUGCAGCAUCAUCGAGAGCUAUAAAGCCACCACAACAGGAAAGGUCAGAUCUGUAACAGAUGGAGAUGGUGGUGAUUGCCACCAGGGGGUAUUGUCACCUAACCAGAGAAAUGAUGGUAAGACCUCUGAAUGUCUAUUAGACAUAGAGCAACAAGAGUUACAACACACAGGCUUGGGAGAUGCAGCUGCAGCGCCCCCUACUUUUCUGAAAAACCAACUGACCAAGAUGGAGAAGUCUAAACUUCUAUUAGCGUCUCAUGUAACAGAGUUGACGGUGAGGCUGCAGAUUGCUGAGGACCAGCUGAGGAGGGAGGAGGAGAGGGAGGUUGAGGUCCGGGCCGCCAAUGCCCUUCUGAGAGGCAAGGCAGCCAAGCUGCUGGAGCGGAUGACUGAGCUGACGAUCAACUACGUUACUGGGAUGACAGAGUUGAUUGAAGAGGAACUGCGCCCCACCGAGGAGAGCCUGGGCAGCAGAGUACACCAAGUCUCCGAGAUCCGAGUGAAGUUGAGGGAUGCCCAGCUCCGAGCCAAAUCCCUCCUGACCGAGGAAGACAGUGGGGUGUUCAGUGAGGGGCUUCAGGAGGCACAACCGCGCAUCAUGGAGCUGAUGGCCCAGCAACCUCUAGAGGAGCUGGACCACGACAACACCUGUCCUGAGUCGAAAGUUAACCCAGGCCGAGCUUGUGACGAGCUGGAACGGAGGAGCGCAGAGUUGAGGGAGGGACUCGGAACGGCCCAGCGUUCCCUACGCAAUGUCCUCAACCCCUCAGAGGUGACCUUUGACCUAGACACUGCCCACCCCAGCUUGGUGCUGUCGGAGGACCUGAAGACGGUGACCUUCAGCACCAAAAAGCAGCCCUACCCGGCCCUGCCAACAAGGUUUAGCAACUUCCUCCAGGUGCUGAGCACCCAGAGCUUCUACGGAGGCGAGCAUCGCUGGGAGGUGGAGCUGGACGGAUCUUCUCCCUGGAUCAUAGGGGUGUGCUACAGCGGGGCGCUAGCACGCAGCGGGUUAGCGAGUGCCCUAGAGAGUAGCCGUGGCUCCUGGUGCCUGAUGUGGUUCGAUAACCUGCUCAGGUCCUUUGAGCAGGGCCAUGAUGUCCCAUUGAAGAGAACCCCGGCAGUACAUAGACUGGAGAUCACGCUGAGUUUUAAGACUCAGAGGUUGAGCUUCUAUAACGUCAGCCAGUGCAGUGGGAAGACUCACGUGUACACCUUUAAGGCGAACCUCACGGAGCCGGUGCAUCUGGCUUAUAGGAUGAUGUCAGGCCAACCGAAGGCACGCAUAACAGUAUGCUCUUGAACGGUCAUUGGUACAAAAGAGAACCUAGCAAGAUUACAUACUUUUGUUUUUAUUAAUCCUGUAUUAAUAUCAAACAUUUCUUGUUUACAUUUAAUGUUGUUCAUGGUUGUAGAGACAUAGUUGUUUUGGUCUGUUACUAGCAGUAGGGGAGAGUGGAGUAAGUUGAGCCACCCAUUUUUUCUAGGAAACCAUACACAAAAUGUCUAAUAGAUUAUCAUUUAAUGGAGUCUAGAAACCACAUGGAAACCCACAUGGAUAAAGUAGUAAGCAAGCUGGUCCCAAAAACUUUUCACAAAGUCAAAUUAAUAUUUUGUCUUAUAGGUUUCAUGAUUCUUGUAUCUAAACCAGAUAGUUUUAAGAUUAGUUUUAUAAAUCAGUUUGGUUCUCUUUAUGCUGCAUGGAAUAAACGUAGCAUGAAAGUGCAUCCUUGUAGCUGUGUGGGCUAAUAUGGUCAAAAUGUUUGCCUUGGGGUAAGUUGAGCCAAUGACCACCAUACCCCAUCCAAAUGGUGAUUACAGAGUGUCCGGUUUAUGAAUAAUAUGUAUAUUAUUUUUGCAAUGUGUCAUCCAUAUGGAAUCAAGAUGGUGCAUUUUUAUUGUUGCAGAUAUCAUCAUACCCUGUGUAUACAAGUGUAAAACAAGCAGGGGUCUUGCCCACCUUGAGGCUUUUAAGAGCGCAGCCAAGGAAGGGAAGUUAAUUUGAGCAGCAGCAAGAGAUGGAAAAAAUGUACAGAAUUGCACGAGGAGGUAAAUCCACAAAAAAAGAAAACAAAUAUUUAUCUGUGCGAAAGAGGCACAUGACACAAUUUGAUCUGAUAACAUGGAGUCCGAGCUUGUUAAACAUGUUAAGAAUCUUGCACACCAGUUUCUUGGGUUUAAUAGCUUCAAAUGCAGAGAACUUCCCCACAAAUUGGCACAUCGAAACUACAUCCCUGUCCCAGAUAAGAAAUGGAAGGGUAUAUCUGAAUGUAGACAUACAUUUAAGAUAUACAAUAUACCCAGAGCCCCGCCUUUUGUUUUUUGUUGCCUGUUUUGCAUGUUAUUUUGGCAUUGAUACGUGUCACAUCAGUUUGAAAACCAAUGUAAAAAAAAACAUAAUUGAGUUAGUAAAGCUGCAUACAAACAUG